AUGUUCGACAAAUUCGAAAACGAAUCAGAUUUCUCCCAGACCCGCGAGCUCGACAACAUCAACAGUCUUAUCCAGCAUAUCGAGAAGGCCAACCCGCUAGUCGAUAUCAUAGAAGCCGACUUCGACAAUAUCCCAGAGCUUUCUGAUAUGGACGACCUGCUCGCAGAAGCCAAGAAGCAAGGUGUCCGCCUGCUUAAACGACUUGAUGACAUCUCGCUCAUCGAUGAAGAGCACGAGAAGUCGUCGAAGGAAGCUCGGGAGCAGGAAGCGGCAGAGGAGGCUAGCAAUCGAGAAGUGACAAGGGAAACCCAGCAGCAAGAAGCGGCCGAGGACAAUCAACAGAGUCACGCGACGGAGGAAAUCGAGCAGGAAGAAGCGGAAGGAACUGAGGUACAGACUCGCGAUCUUGAUCAACGUCUUGACGAGAUUCAAGCCACACUUCGGAGACUUUCGUCGGCCACGGAAGAGGUAUCGGCGCUUGCGAAUCGUGUCGAGAAUGCGGUGGCGGCGAUUGUAGCGAUUUUUUUCGUGCUGCUGCUGGCCGCUUGUUGGUAUCUCUGA